UGAUGCUUCUCACUCCAGGGGCGCCGUGGUCCUUGUGGUGCGUCGUCAGGGCAGUGGCCGCCGCCUGACCUUCCUCCUCCGAGGGCUCCUCCCUAGCAGCAGCGGCAGCAGCACCAGCAGCACCCCACUUCCAGCCUCGGACCCACACAGGACCUGGCCUGAGAACUACGUGAUAUCAGUGAAGCACCAAGCUCAUCCAAGAGCACAUGUCUUUGAAGACCAGUGAGGAGAAAGCAGACCGUUCACAGACGGCAGAAAACGUUGACAGUCUUGCAGGGUGUGAGGUCCUGGAGGCUACACAGUGGGCACCAUGUCUGAGAAGUUUGACUGCCAUUAUUGCCGAGACCCCCUGCAAGGGAAGAAGUAUGUCCAGAAGGAGGGCCGUCACUGCUGUGUGAAAUGCUUUGACAAGUUCUGUGCCAAUACUUGCGUGGAAUGCCGGAAACCCAUUGGGGCUGACUCUAAGGAAGUGCAUUACAAAAACCGCUAUUGGCACGAUUCCUGCUUCCGCUGUGCCAAGUGCUAUCAUCCUUUGGCCAAUGAGACCUUUGUGUCCAAAGAAAAUAAGAUCCUGUGUAACAAGUGCACCACUCGUGAGGACUCACCCAGGUGCAAAGGAUGCUUCAAGCAAAUUGUUGCAGGAGACCAAAAUGUGGAAUACAAGAAGAAUGUCUGGCAUAAAGACUGCUUCACUUGCAGUAACUGCAAACAGGUCAUUGGAACUGGCAGCUUCUUCCCAAAGGGUGAAGACUUCUACUGUGUUACCUGUCAUGAGACCAAGUUUGCCAAGCACUGUGUGAAGUGCAACAAGGCCAUCACUUCUGGAGGAAUCACUUACCAGGAUCAGCCUUGGCACGGUGAGUGCUUUGUGUGUGCCACCUGCAGCAAGAAGCUGGCUGGACAGCGCUUCACUGCUGUGGAGGACCACUAUUACUGUGUGGACUGCUACAAGUCCUUCGUUGCCAAGAAAUGUGCUGGAUGUAAGAACCCCAUCACAGGCUUCGGUAAAGGCUCCAGUGUGGUCAGCUAUGAAGGGCAAUCCUGGCAUGACUACUGCUUCCACUGUAAAAAGUGUUCUGUGAAUCUGGCUAACAAGCGUUUUGUCUGCCACAAUGAGCAGAUCUAUUGCCCCGACUGUGCCAAAAAGCUGUAAACCAGACAGGGUCAUCUGUCUUGGAGAAUGGAGCUCGAGUCCUACUCUCAAAAUGCGCUCUAUAUCUCUUCUUUGAGUAGGAGCAAGACUUCAAAAAAUGACAAACUUUAGCUUUUCUCUCAUUUUACCUGAGUAUGGCUUCUAAAAAAGUGCAUGGCGACUGCCUUUGGUCUUAGGAUUUCAAACUCUGCAGCAAUCCCAUUUAAACCUUGCUUUUGUUAAGUCUGAAGACUAUUAUUAAAUAGAUUGAAAGUUAACCUUAGUAGUUAGACACUUAUGCAUGUUGCUAAAAAAGAACUUACCUUUAAAAAAUUGUAGUUUGCCACACACAGCUAAUGCUGUGAACAAAUAACACACGUCCUGAGCCCAUUGCUAAGAUUCUCGGGAAGGAUGACAUAGGCUUUAAUCAUAGUAUACCUGAUAGAACUAUAUCCACAAAUAGACCUGUAAUCCAAAGCACAGUUGUAGCUGCCUUCACCAUAAUCACUAAUGGGAGCUGAAGAGGGUCUUGUAUUAAUGACAUGAGAGCUUUUGCCUUGUGCAAAGUAUAAUCUUAUCUCUCUUUCUCUCUCUCUUUUGCCUUUGUGUUUUAAAAGCAACUAAUGCAGCAUUUCAUAGUUAUAGAAAAGGCUUCUGUUUGAAGUGAAUUCUGAUUUGAAGUAAGCUAAUAGCUUUUGGCUUUUGUGUGCAGCAUGUGUUCCUGCGCUUUCUUCUAAAGCAUGCAUGACAUUUGGAAAAUGUACGCUCAUAAAGUAGUUUAGGUUAUUUCUGAUUAAUUACAGCAUGGCAAAUAGCAUUGAAAGCUUAGCUACUAAAAUUGGGUUUUUUUAGCUGCUUUUAUUAACCAGAUUUUGCUUGGAAGUGUUAUCAAUAGAGUUAGUCAAGUUAAUGAAACCUGCAUGAAAGCAUUUUAACCUUUUGGACUGUUUAUGCAAUUUGGAAAUGUAUCCCGUAGAAAUAGUAAGAAAAGCACUAGCUAACACUGCCAUAGCCAUUGAAUUUUCACAUUAAUUUGUGUUCCUUGUCUAUUGAUAAGGAGAAAUGGACAGUUGACUUUGUAAUGUUUAGUAGAACCUCCCCAGGAAGACGGAUGAGUGGGGGAAGAUUGGCAGACUAUUGUUCCACUGCUUUGUUGGGUACUAACACUUUGGAAACACCCAAAUUGCUUAUUAGAAUGGUAACUUCAGUAAUACUGUAGUUUUAGCAAGGCAACAAAAGACAUGUAACCAUUUGUCACUGUGACAGGUUAAGGGGUUAGAGAGGAGAUCCAUCCUAGUCCCUGUGACACAAUUUUGUCAUUAAUGACUUUUAACAUCUAUUUUCCCAAAUAUCAUCUGGAAAAUAAAAUUAAGUAUAAAUAA